AUGUUGAUCGACACGGGCGCGGAGAUCACAUUCAUCACUGCUUCUCUCGUGCAGCAACUCAAGCUUCACCGGGAAGCAUCGGUAAUACCGAUCAUCGGGAUCGGCGGGACGCAUUCGGGCCACACGCGCGGGGUGGUUAGCGUAAAGCUUCGGUCUAUGCACUCAUCGGACAUUGUCUCAAUAAAAGCUCACAUUUUGUCAAAGUUAAUGCCUACUCUCCCUUCAUUUACACCUCCUAACAUCUCACUUUCUCAUCUGCAAGGUCUUCCACUUGCAGACCCGGAAUUUCUCUCACCAGGGUCCAUCGAUUUAAUUCUCGGGGCUGACAUCUAUGGGCAACUCAUUCGGGAGCAGAUCAAGCGGGGGCCUCACGGCACACCGAUUGCACAGAAUACGGUUUUCGGGUGGAUCGUUCUCGGUCCUAUGGACUCUUCUCAACAGUCAGCCGGGUUGGUUCAUCACGCUGCAGUGGAUCACGGGUAUCAGGAGCUUCAGGCUCUCCUCACACAGUUUUGGGUACAGGAAGAAGUCUCGGGCUCGGGCGAAUCGCACCUCACUCCUGACGAGCAGGAAUGUGAGACUCAUUUCUUGACGGCACACAAACGGAACUCAGACGGGCGGUACGUCGUCAGAUUGCCGGUUAAAUCCGCAUCGGGGACAUUGGGCGGGUCUUUUCACACAGCUUCUUCCUGUCUCCAUCGACUACAAUGCAAACUCAAUCGGGAUUCAAGCUACAAGGGCCUCUACGACACGUUUCUCGGGGAAUACGAAUCAUUGGGGCACAUGACUCGAGUCUCGGGCAAUCACGCCCCGCUCGGGCCCAUUUACUACUUGCCGCACCACGGGGUGCUUACCACAAAGUUACGUGUUGUAUUCAACGGGUCGUGCAAUACAGAUUCGGGAAUUUCGCUUAACGACAUUCUGCACACGGGCGCGAAACUGCAGCGAGAUAUUUCGGACGUUCUCUUGUGGGUCAGACGACACCGUUUCGUCUUCGCGACCGACAUCGUUAAGAUGUUCCGGCAAAUUCGGGUUCACGGAAGUGAUUGGGACUUACAACGCAUUUUAUGGGUGGACGAAGGCGGGCGGGUCGUUUCAUUCCAUCUCACCACGGUCACUUACGGUACUCGGUCAGCACCAUUUCUCGCGGGACGGGCCCUGGAUCAACUGGUUACAGACGAGGGCGGGAAAUAUCCCGAAGCUGUCGCCCCUCUUACAAAGGGGCGAUAUGUGGACGAUAUUUACGGCGGUGCUGACCAGCUCGCAGAUCUCAUCACGCAAGCGGAGCAACUCAUCGGGAUUUGUACAGCGGGCCGCUUUCCUCUGGCCAAGUGGCAGAGCAAUCAUCCGGAGCUUCUCACGGCGGUCGGAGCGACCUCAUCAACGGAAAACGCUCGGGUAUUUGAAGAAUGGGAGACAAAAGUCCUUGGUCUCGCAUGGCUUCCUCACACGGACGUGUUCAAAUUCACGGUUCACAAGUACACAGCCGGGGACGGGAUCACGAAACGCAUCAUUCUCUCGGAGAUCGCACAAUUAUACGAUCCAUUGGGUUUUCUCUCACCGGUAACGAUUCGGGCCAAAGUUCUCUUACAAAGGCUUUGGUUAGAAAAGUUAAAUUGGGAUGACCUUGUGUCAACGGAAGUUCGCAACUCUUGGGUCGCGUUUCGGCAGGAACUAUCGCAUCUCGGGACGGUUUCGGUACCGCGGUGGCUCAACAUCGCGACGGGUACAUCGGUCGAACUACACGGGUUUUCGGAUGCAUCUCAACUAGCAAUGGGCGCAGCUGUGUACGUUCGGGUUUCGGGCGCGGGUAAUCAAACAACGGUCUCACUAGUCUGCGCUAAGACUAAGGUCGCACCGAUCAAACGGCUCACAAUUCCUCGGUUGGAGCUCGCAGCAGCGGUGCUGCUUGCUAAACUCACACACCACGUGCAAAACGUGCUGGGCCUUGAUGACUCACGGGUAUACCUAUGGACGGACUCAAUGGUAACGCUCACUUGGGUCACUUCUCAUCCUUCACGGUGGAAGGAUUUUGUUCGGAAUCGGGUAUCACUGGCACAGGAGCUCGUGCCACGGGCCCAAUGGAGAUUCACACCGGGUCGGGACAAUCCAGCGGAUUGCGCAUCACGGGGGCUAACCAUCUCACAACUCGCGCGACAUUCAUCAUGGUGGGACGGGCCUCACUGGUUAGCCAAAGACUCAUUCCAUUGGCCAACUCAUCGCAUCGGGACGGGGGACGCAGCGGCGCUCGAAGAGCGGCCAGGUCUUACACUCUCACUCGCAACAUCACCCUCACCGGUUUACGAUCUCAUCUUGAAAUACUCAUCUCUCACACGGUUGUUGCGAAUCACCUCAUGGCUCUUCAAGGUGAUUACAAACCUGAAAAGAGCGGGCGACGGUACAUCGGGUUCAGCCAACAUCACACCGGGAGACCUGGAGAACUCACGGCUUUAUUGGGUGAAAGCCAUUCAGGGAGCAUACUUCACUUCAGAGCUUAAAACACUCACAUCGGGCUACACUCUCUCAAAAUCGCAUCCGAUCACGCGAUUAACGGGCUUCAUAGAUCAUCAAGGCAUUCUCAGGGUGGGAGGACGGCUGAAGCACUCAGCCUUACAACCUGAUUGCAAGCACUCAGUCAUUCUCCCUCGGGACUCACCACUUACGGCACUUCUCAUCGCUGAUGCCCACGAGCGCACUCUCCACGGCGGGACUCAACUCACUUUGGCUUAUCUACGGCAGAGCUGCUGGAUCAUCGGCGGGCGUGGGCCAGUACGCUCAUACAUUUUGCGUUGCGUGCGGUGCGCGCGCUUCCGGGCGCUCAAGGCACAGCAACUAAUGGGUCAGUUGCCAAUCUCACGGGUUACGCCGGCAAGGCCGUUUCUCUUCUCGGGGGUCGACUACGCGGGGCCAGUUUCACUCAAAAGCUGGCGCGGGCGUGGGAGCAAAUGUCACAAAGGCUGGUUGUGCAUUUUCGUUUGUUUCGCUACCUCCGCUAUGCACCUUGAAGUUGUUACAGAUUUAACCACGGACGGGUUCCUCGCAGCACUCAGACGGUUCACGGGCAGACGCGGGAUUCCGCACACGAUCCAAAGUGAUUGCGGAACCAACUUUCAGGGUGCAGCAGCGGAGCUACGACAAUUAUUCAAAACGGGUACACGGGAAUCCGAACUCAUUCAGCACACUGGGGCAACUGACGGGAUUAAAUGGGUGUUCAACCCACCGGGGGCACCUCAUAUGGGCGGAAAAUGGGAGGCCGCAGUAAAAUCGGUCAAGUAUCAUCUCCGACGGACGAUUGGGGAUGCCAGUCUCACGUUUGAAGAAUUUACGACUCUUCUCACACAAAUUGAGGGCAUACUCAACUCGCGGCCGUUGGAGCCUCUGUCGGAUGACCCGGAUGAUUAUUCGGUUCUCACCCCUGGGCAUUUUCUCAUCGGGGACACACUCACCUCCAUUCCUGAGCCCUCAUUACGGGAUGUGCCUCAAGGUCGCCUCACACGGUGGCAAUGGCUCCAGGAACGGGUUCAAUACUACUGGGAGCACUGGUCAUCAGGAUACCUGCAACGGCAGCAGGCUAUAUCAAAAUGGCAUCAUCCGAGUCACGACAUCCGGGUCGGGUCUAUGGUUCUACUCAUGAACGAAAACACGGCACCCACAAAGUGGCCACGGGCACGGGUCACACAACUACAUCCGGGAAAGGACGGGCUCACACGGGUGGUUACUCUCAAAACGGCGACGACCACACUCACACGGCCUAUCACCAAACUGGCACUCUUGCCAGUGCCUCAACCGGGAUCAAUCGACAGCACUGCUGCCGAUGGCGGGCGGAAUGUUCAGGAUUGA